UUAAGCAGCCAAAAGUAUAAAUAAAAGGGAAUCAAGACAGCUAGGCAGGCGCAUUGCUCAUCACCUAUAUAAAAAGAGAUUUUGGUGAUCAUGUUUUAUAAAUAAAUAAGAUUAUAUUAUUAUUUUCUCCCAGCGAGGAGAGUUGACUUUCUUAUUCUUGUUCGUUGACUUUCUUCUUAUAAUUUCUUAAUUUUAGUUAUAAACUUCUCAUCACCAUUAUUACGGAAAACACCAUAUGACAGACCACACUCACAUAUAUUAUUUCUCUCAAUGAAAGGGAAAAAGAUUAAUUAUUAACAUAUACAAUCUGUUAAUCAUAUAUAUUAUUUGAUAGAUACAAAUAAUUAUUCAAGCACCAAUCUUCAAUAUAGCCAAUAAAUUCAUCACCCAAGGGUUCAACUAAAAUGGAAGAGAUCAGCCUUAGCAGUGAUGGAAUCGGCCGGUACAGGUUAGUCGGCGGCGGCGGUGGGAGCCAGCCGACUGAACAUCAAAUCGAGAAGAAGCUUAAAUCGUCCUCAUCCUUGUCCCUUAGGAUCCGCCAAGUGUCGGAGGAGCUUAACAGACUUAAAUCCAUGAAAAGUUCAGGCGCAGCCCGACCAGUCAUGAGUGGACUCAAAUUCAUUACCAAGAAGAACCAUGGGAAAGAAGGCUGGGCUGGGGUCGAAAAACGAUUCGAUACAUAUGCCAACGAUGGACUCCUUGAUAGAUCCAACUUUGGCAAAUGCAUUGGAAUGGAUGAUGAGAAACAGAAGAAUUCGAGUAAGUACGCGAUGGAUUUGUUCGAUGCAGUGGCUGCCAGGAGACAUAUCACACGAUUGUCUAUAAACAAAGCUGAACUAUAUGAAUUUUGGGAGCAAAUCACAGAUGAAAAUUUCGAUUCUAGGCUGCAAACUUUCUUUGAUAUGGUGGACAAAGACUAUGACGGCAGAAUCAAUAAAGAAGAUGUGAAAAAUAUUAUUAAGCUUAGUGCCAAUGCAAACAAGUUAACUAACAUUGAGGAAGCUGCUGAAGAUUAUGCAGCACUUAUUAUGGAAGAGCUAGACCCAGACGAUCUUGGCGUAAUUGAGCUAUACCAAUUGGAAACUCUACUUCAACAAGGCAUUCUAGAGAACCCAAGGAAGAAGAAGUUGGAUCAUGAGAAUAAAGAAUCCAACACCAUAAAACGAUACCACAAAGGUCGGUUCAAGCAACUUGUAAUCAACAUGUGGAGAGGUUUUUGGAUUGUAAAGGAGAACUGGAGACGUAUUUGGGUAGUGGGGUUGUGGCUUGCCAUAUGUGUAGGUCUUUUCACGUGGAAGUUUAUCCAAUACAAAAAUCGAGCCGUGUUUGAAGUGAUGGGCUAUUGUGUUACCACUGCUAAAGGUGCUGCCGAGACUCUCAAGUUCAAUAUGGCUCUAAUUCUCUUACCUGUUUGUAGAAAUACCAUAACAUUGAUCAGGACCAAGACAAUGUUGGGAGUAGUGGUUCCGUUCAAUGAUAAUAUCAACUUUCACAAGGUGAUUGCUGGCGGGAUUGCAAUUGGAGUUGGUGUUCAUGCAGGGGCACACUUAACGUGUGAUUUUCCUAGGCUGCUACAUGCAACUGAUGAGCAAUAUAAGCCAAUGGAACAAUUCUUUGGGAAAGAACGACCCAACAACUAUUGGUGGUUCUUGAAAGGCACAGAGGGGUGGACUGGUUUGGUCAUGGUGUUCUUAAUGGUCGUUGCUUUCACCUUUGCACCAUCUUUGUUCCGCCAAAAUAAGCGAAAGCUACCCAAGGCCGUGAUCAAGAGGCUACCUAAGGCCCUCAAGGGCCUACCUGAGGCCCUUCAGAAGUUCGGUGGUUUCAACACCUUUUGGUAUUCUCACCACUUGUUUGUCAUUGUUUACAUCCUCUUUCUAGUUCACGGUUACUAUCUCUACUUAUCUAAGAAGUGGUACAAAAAGACUACAUGGAUGUAUGUAGCUGUUCCAAUCCUUUUAUAUGCCUGUGAACGUUUAAUUCGAGCAUUUAGAUAUGGUUUCCAAGCAGUGAAUAUCGAAGAGUUUAAAGUGUUUCCUGGAAAUGUUCUAGCCCUACAAAUGUCGAAACCUCAAGGAUUUGAAUACAGUAGUGGGCAAUACAUAUACUUGAAUUGUUCAUUUAUAUCUCCUUUUGAGUGGCAUCCCUUUUCACUUACUUCGGCUCCUGAUGACGAUUACUUAAGCGUCCACAUUCGCGGAUCGGGUGACUGGACAAAAAAACUCAAUUCCACUUUCUCAAAAUUAUGUGAGUCUCCAUCUACUAAUCAAAGUGGCUUCAGUGGUCUACCAAGGCUCUUAAUUGAUGGAGCGUUCGGUGCGCCAGCACAAGACUAUAAAGAGUACAAAACUAUCCUUCUUGUAGGACUUGGAAUUGGCGCCACUCCUCUCAUCAGCAUUGUAAAAGAUGUGCUUAACAAGACUAAGCAAAAGAAUGAAAACGAAUUAAACGAAAUGGAGAGUGGAAAUAAGAGGGAAAAUAAAAAACCUAGUUUUGCAACGGAACGAGCCUACUUUUACUGGAGCUCCAGAGAAGAAGGCUCGUUCCAAUGGUUCAAGGGUGCGAUGGAUGAGGUGGCUGAGAAGGACAUCGACCACAUGAUUGAGGUCCACAACUACUGUACUAGUGUAUAUGAAGAAGGAGAUGCUCGCUCAGCUUUCAUUACUAUGCUUCAAACUCUUUAUCAUGCCAAGAAUGGACUUGAUGCUGUGUCACAAACAAGAUUCAAAACCCAUUUCUCAAGACCAAAUUGGGAGGAUGCUUUCAACAACAUAGCAGCUAAGCAUGUCGAUCAAAAAGUUGGAGUAUUUUAUUGCGGUCCAAUUUCCGUAGUUCCAGAUCUAAAGAAAUUAUGUUUAGACUUUUCUGUUAAAGGAAGCACCAAAUUUGUUUUCCACAAAGAGAACUUCUAAAUUAAGCAAAUUCUUUGAAAAUAUUAUGACCUUUAUUUUGUAUUUAUUUUUAUAGAUACUUAGAGAUAAAAAAGAGUAAUCUCAUCAAAAAUCUAUUAGGAGAAUCAUUUUAAAAUAACAUUCUUUUUUCUUUGAGAUUGAUAUUGAGAGGGCAAAAAAAAAAAAUUAGGAGAGAGACGAGAUUAAUAUUAGUGUUUGCUGUAUUAUUAUACUUCUUUUUGGCUUUGUAUGUUUUUGAAAAUGAGGUUUGGUUUUUUUUAUUAUCAUUCUAUCUUUGAGUAUUUUAUUGUAUUUC